AUGUUUGCUGCUCGGUCUUUUCCCAAUACUGCUCCAUGGAUUCUGGAUUCCGGUGCCUCACAUCAUAUCACUGCUGAUUCUCAGAACAUAGCCUCUCCACAUGAAUACACGGGUCCUGAACAAGUUUCAAUGGGUGAUGGUAACGAUCCAAACUUGGUUGUUCGUCCAAAUGACUCUACUGCACCAGCAAUAGUUAUGCGUCCUCCGUCAGAACUUUCAGCAAUCCAACGAAAUCAGCAGCAGCACUCACCACAACUUAACCUCCCUUCUCAGACCAACCAGUCUUUACCACCACGACGCCCUGUCACCCGUUCCCAAUAUCAAAUCACUAAGCCUAAUCCAAAGUAUGCAUCCAUGGCCACCCUUACAUCCCAAAUACCACCAGUCACAGUUAAACAAGCUUGUAAGGACCCACAAUGGAGACAAGCUAUUCAAAGUGAAUUUGACGCUCUCAUGAGCAACCAAACAUGGAACCUUAUUCCUCCAUCUGAUCACCAAAAUAUUGUGGAGAAUAAAUGGAUCUUCUGUAUUAAGCGCAAACCUGAUGGAUCAAUUGAACGGUACAAGGCUCGCCUUGUUGUCAAAGGUUUCACUCAACGGCCUGGAAUCGAUUAUGUUGAUACUUUCAGUCCGGUUGUCAAACCAACAACCAUUCAAAUAGUACUUGCCAUCGCCACACAAAACAAGUGGCCACUCCAUCAACUAGACAUAAACAAUGUUUUUCUACAAGAUGAUAUUGUUAUUACAGGAAAUAACUUGCAAACUAUUAACAACAUCAAGAGCGCACUCUCCAACCGUUUUUCACUCAAAGACCUUGGACCACUACUUUUUUUCCCAGGCAUUGAAGUCCUUCCACAAUCAGCUGGAUUAUUUCUUUCUCAAACCAAGUACAUAAUGGACAUCUUGCAGGAGUUCUUUAUGAAGGACUGCCAGGGUGUUUAUAUACCAUUAUCCACCCCAAUUUCACUUAGGUUGAAUGAUGGCUCCCCUCCUACAGAUGCAAAACAAUAUCGAAGUGCAAUUGGCAAGCUCCAGUAUCUUGCAUUUACUAGACCAGACAUAAGCUUUGUUGUUAAUAAGCUCUCUCAAUUUAUGCAUCAGCCAUCUCACACACACUGGCAAGCAGUGAAGCGCCUCCUUCGGUAUCUCAAAUCAACUAUCCAUCAUGGGCUUCUUUUUCACCAUGGAUCUAAUGCUGCCCUUCAUGUUUAUACUGAUGCAGAUUGGGCAGGGGACCACGAUAAUCAGUUCCCUACACUUGAGAACCUUUCAAUUAGAAAUUGCCCUGAACUCAGUUUGGAGACACCUAUCCAACUUUCAAGUUUAAAAAGGUUUGAAGUUGUUGGUUGUCCAAAGGUUGGAGUUGUUUUUGAUGAUGCUGAGCUGCUUAGAUCCCAAAUUGAGGAAUUACGUAUUAGUGAUUGUAACUCUGUUACCUCCUUUCCUUUUAGCAUACUGCCCACUACCUUGAAGACAAUAACCAUAUCUCGUUGCCAGAAAUUGAAAUUGGAGCAGCCAGUUGGUGAGAUGAGUAUGUUUCUCGAGGAUUUGAAACUGCAUGAAUGUGAUUGUAUAGAUGAUAUAUCACACUUAAGAGCACGCUCUUUGUCUGUAUAUAAGUGCCACAACCUUACUAGGAUUUUGAUUCCUACUGUGACUGAAAGACUCCAUAUUUGGGGAUUUGAGAAUGUUGAAAAACUAUCGGUGGCAUGUGGGGGGACCCAGAUGACGUCACUGAUUAUUUGGGAAUGUUGGAAGCUGAAGUGUCUGCCAGAACGUAUGCAGGAACUCCUUCCAUCUCUUAAGUAUCUGCGACUGUGGGAUUGUCCAGAAAUAGAGUCCUUUCCUGAAGGAGGAUUGCCCUUCAAUUUACAACAACUUCAUAUCAACAAGUGCAAGAAACUGGUGAAUGGCCGAAAGGAGUGGCAUUUACAGAGACUUCCCUGUCUCAGAGAGUUAUGGAUCAAUCAUGAUGGCAGUGAUGAAGAGAUUCUUGGUGCUGAGAACUGGGAGUUGCCUUCCUCUAUUCACACACUUAACAUAUGGAAUCUGAAAACAUUAAGCAGCCAACAUCUCAAAAGCCUCACCUCUCUUCAACAUCUACAUAUUGAGGGUAAUUUACAUCAAAUUCAGUCAAUGCUGGAACAAGGCCAGUUUUUGCACCUCACUUCGCUUCAAAGUCUAGAAAUCAUGAAGUUCCCUAAUCUCCAAUCACUUCCUGAAUCAGCACUGCCCUCCUCCCUCUCUCAGCUGACCAUCUAUAAUUGCCCUAAGCUCCAAUCACUUCCUGAAUCAGCACUGCCCUCCUCCCUCUCUCAGCUGAUCAUAGAUGAUUGCCCUAAUCUCCAAUCCCUUCCAGUAAAAGGGAUGCCAUCUUCCCUCUCUAAACUAUAUAUUUCAGAAUGUCCAUUGCUCACACCACUGCUAGAAUUUGACAAGGGGGAAUACUGGCCAGAAAUUGCUCAUAUAUCCACCAUAGAGAUCGAUUGGAAAUGCCUUUAAUGGUUAAAACAAAUGGUGCUCUCACAAAUAGAACUUCUAGGAUAUUGAAGUUUCCUCCAAAUUAUGUCCAUUACUCAACCUUGAGUGACACCUCAGAGCUAGCGAAAGUCAAAGAAGUAUAUACUGCUCGAGAUGAAUUCAAGCAAAAUAGAUUUCCUUCAUUGGCACCCUCAUCAGUCAUCUGUCUGCGAAACAGAGAAAUCAACGGUUUCAAAAUUCUCUACAACCCAUUUUCAUGAGUUCAAGCCUUCAAUUCUGAUGACACAAAAGACAUCAACAGAGUAGAAGAAUUCAACCCAAGUUUUCAAUUCCUGCUUCACCUGAUGGGAAAGUUUAAUUUUCGAUGCUUCCAAGUUUCAGCAGUCCUGAUUCCUGAAGAUUUCCGGGUGAGCAUAGUUGUGAGUUGCAAGUUUCGCAAUUCAAUUUCUAUAUUAUGAAUCAUUGAUGGACUAUGAUGAAAUUUACUUUUCUUCGUAGAAAAAAUAUCAAAGAAUUAUACUACUAUACUAAUCAGGUUUGUUAAUAUUGAUGCUGCUGAAAUUUAUAAUCACUUGGCUAUUAUGAAAUACUAGUUCUGAG